CGGCAGCGAAACGGAGACGGUGAAAAGCACAAAAGCUAUUUUCUGUCCACAUCAACCUUCCCCCUACCUCCAUUCCUUCCCAUAUCCCCCCGUCCCAAUCCCCACUCCCGCAACCGAAAUUCCAUUUCACAAUGGCCUCCCGCAGCUUUUCCAGGGCUCUGCGCUCCCCAAUGGCGCGCCAAUUGGCGUCGCCCGCUGUCCAGAAGCGCACCUUCGUCGCCGCUGCUGGCCUGGUGCGUGCGUCGGCCGUCGCUGCCCGCGCCGCCACCGCUGCGCCUGCCCAGCAGCAGGUGCGCGGUGUCAAGACCAUCGACUUUGCUGGUUCAAAAGAGGAGGUCUAUGAGCGUGCCGAUUGGCCUCAGGAGAAGCUUUUGGAGUAUUUCAAGAACGACACCCUCGCCCUUAUCGGCUACGGCUCGCAGGGCCACGGCCAGGGCCUCAACCUCCGCGACAACGGCCUCAACGUCAUCAUUGGUGUGCGCAAGAACGGCAAGUCGUGGCAAGAUGCCGUCCAGGACGGCUGGGUUCCCGGCAAAAACCUCUUUGAGGUCGACGAGGCCAUCUCGAAGGGCACCAUCAUCAUGAACCUGCUCAGCGACGCCGCCCAGAGCGAAACGUGGCCCGCCAUCAAGCCCCAGAUCACCAAGGGCAAGACCCUCUACUUCUCGCACGGCUUCUCGCCUGUGUUCAAGGACCUCACCAAGGUUGACGUUCCCACCGACGUCGAUGUCAUCCUCUGCGCCCCCAAGGGCUCGGGCCGCACCGUGCGCUCCCUCUUCCGCGAAGGCCGCGGCAUCAACUCGUCGUUCGCUGUCUACCAGGACGUGACGGGCAAGGCCAAGGAGAAGGCCAUCGCCAUGGGUGUGGCCAUUGGCUCGGGCUACCUGUACGAGACGACGUUCGAGAAGGAGGUCUACUCGGAUCUGUACGGCGAGCGGGGCUGCCUGAUGGGCGGCAUUCACGGCAUGUUCCUGGCGCAGUACGAGGUGCUCCGCGAGCGCGGCCACAGCCCCAGCGAGGCCUUCAACGAGACGGUCGAGGAGGCGACGCAGUCGCUGUACCCGCUGAUUGGCGCCAACGGCAUGGACUGGAUGUUCGAGGCCUGCUCGACCACGGCCCGCCGCGGCGCCAUCGACUGGACCCCGCGGUUCAAGGACGCGCUCAAGCCCGUCUUCAACCAGCUGUACGACUCGGUCAAGACCGGCGAGGAGACCAAGCGCUCGCUCGAGUACAACUCGCAGCCCGACUACCGCGAGCGGUACGAGAAGGAGAUGGAGGAGAUUCGCAACCUGGAGAUCUGGCGGGCGGGCAAGGCCGUUCGUGCUCUCCGCCCUGAGAACCAGAAGUAAACGGUCGGCGUUGGACGGUGUCUUUUUCUGCUCCGAAACAGUAUGAAUACUCUGGCUUAUGGAACGGUUGGGCCGCGCGGCCUGCCGGGGACGGGAUACCUCGGGCAAGGAACUCAAAAAGCCUUGAUCUGCACUGGAAUUGCUUUAUAAUGGGGGGUUCAGCUGUAAACUGUACAUAUACUCUAGCUGACGGCGAUAUUUGAUUUCUGAGCUCGUCUUCCUUUCCCUUGU